UAUUUCCACGGGGUUUUCCGACUUCAAAUAGUGCGAAACGCCGCCGGCGUUAUACCUGUAAUCACGUAAAUUGUCGAAGCGGCGCUUUCUCGCGCGAGUUUUCUUUCACGCGAAAAUUCUUCAACGUCGAGAUUGUCGCAUUGCAAAAAAAAAAGAGACGGUCAGACGUUUAUUUGCGCAACAUUUUUAGCGGCACUUUUGUUGGAGUGGCCGACAUUAAAAAAGCAUCCGUUUUCGAAGAGAUAAGACUUGGCAUCCAUAACGCUGUACUAAGGCUACCAAGAUAUUUCGCUGUUGAGCCAUACCUACGAAACGAAAAUGUUGUUAAUGUUACGCAUGGCAUUUGGUAUAAUAUACAUUAUUCAAGCAGUAUUUUAUCGGAUAACGUCAUUUAUAGACCGUAAGAAGCCGCAAAAACUACCACCGAUAACAGAUUCCUUGCUCACAUUUAGCGCUACUGCCCUUGCUAGAAAAAUUAGACAAAGAGAGGUUACGUGUUACGAUGUGGUGAAUGCAUAUAUACUACAAAUUAAAAAAGUGAAUCCUAUCUUAAAUGCUGUCGUCGACAAUCGAUUCUUCGAUGCAAUAUAUGAAGCGAAAAUUUACGACGAGCAAUUGGCAAGUGGCAAAUUUGACAUUGAAACGUUGGAGAAGGAGAAGCCGCUGUACGGCAUACCGCUCACAGUCAAGGAAUCUUGUGCUCUUAAAGGUUGCAGUCAUACAAGUGGUUCUUUAGGCCGCAAAGGGGUAAAGGCAUCUUGCGAUGCUGUAGUCAUCGAACUACUCCGAAAUGCUGGAGCGAUUCCAGUGUGCGUUACAAACAUUCCGGAGCAGUGCGGCGGCUUCGAGAGCGCGAAUCUAUUGUACGGCCGUACCUAUAAUCCUUAUGACACGAGGUAUACGUCCGGCGGAUCAUCUGGCGGAGAGGGUGCAUUAAUCGGGGCAGGUGCUUCCGUGAUCGGAAUCGGUUCAGAUUUAGCUGGCUCUAUAAGAAUACCGGCUCUUUACAACGGCAUUUUUGGGCACAAGCCUACGGCUGGAAUUAUUUCGAACAUAGGACAUUUUCCAUACAGCGAGGAUAAAGAUUUUCAAAAGCUAUUGACCACAGGCCCGUUAACCAGAUACGCGGAGGAUCUCGAGCUGCUUAUGAAAGUGCUAACGUCCACGUGCGAUCGCAACCUGCGUCUAGAUGUGCCGGUAGAUCUGCGACAAUUGAAGGUCUAUUAUCGAUUUAGCAUGGAUGAGGCAUUUGGCAUCUUACCAGUAGUGCCAGAAAUCAAAAAUUGCGUACAGAAAGUCGUGACGCACUUUACGCAAUACGAUAUUCGCGCGGAGGAGUUGCCAAUAGAAUGGCCGACCGAACUGGUUGAGAUUAUGUUGGCCGAGCUUAUAAAUGUAAAAGAUUUCCCACAAUUGUUGAUAGACGCCAAUGAUCCUACGCUGAAAAAAUAUGGAAUUAUAGAAUUCCUGAAAAGUCUGUUCGGCUUAUCGCAACAUACGACACAGACGGCCUUGCUUGCUGCGAUAUUUGAUACGCAUUUUCCAUUUUCGGAAUCAGAUAUAUUGCAUUACAUAAAACAGGGAAAGGAGAUUCGGCAGAAGCUCCUGGAUCUGUUGGGAGAGAACGGAAUAUUUAUUUAUCCAACUUUUCGGCGUCCGGCGAUUUAUCCCGAAUUUAGCGUAUGCGAAACACUGAACACCAUUUAUUGCGGUAUUUUCAAUACUUUUGGUUUUCCGGCGGUGCAUGUACCGAUGGGACUUAAUCACAAGGGAUUGCCUAUCGGUGUUCAGAUAGUAGCUGCACCUUAUCAGGAUUGUCUCUGCUUGGCGGUUGCGAAAGAACUCGAGACGGCUUUCGGUGGUUGGGUGCCGCCAUCGAUAUCUAUAAGCGAAUAACAAAUUAUCAGGAUGCCUUGUUCUGUAAAUAAUGUUAUAUCUUUUUGUCGCAUAGAAAAAAUGACACGUGAAUAAUAAUAAAGUGAAAAAUAAAAAUAUUUCUAUAAUCUUUUA